CUCUCCCCCUGCCUCUCACCUUCAGCUGGACCUCCACUGGAAUACUAGACGCUUCUAUUUAGAACAACAAACAAGAUUUCGAAAGCAUAUUGGAGAAAUUGAGAGGGGAAAAAAGGCUUAAUUGCCAACAAAUUAAGAGCAGGAGAGACCAUAACAAUUGAUUUUAAUUCAAUUAUUGUCACUGUCAUUUUGGUUUAAAAUAUACGUGCAUUAAUUCAGUAAAACAUCCACCAAAGAUAAUUGUGCUGUUUCGAUUUAAUAUUUAUUUUCGCUUAAACGCAGCUUUCCGUAGGAAAAACCGAGCUGGUAUUCGCUCUGCGGUAAGCAGCAACGCAAGGCUCAAUAGAUUUAUCACUGUAUUUAGCAAACCCGUCCUUUGCAGCAAGCCCAGGUUCUGCGUCUCUUGGAUUAGUUGUUUUGGGAAGGAGUGAACGCAAAGCCUGAUAAAACAGAAAACAUCAAGAAUUUCCCCUUGUAUCUGAAGCGCGUCCGAAAAUUUUCCACAAUGGCCGAUGCGACCGCAGAAUGCAACAUCAAGGUGUUGUGCCGUUUUCGUCCCCUGAAUCAAUCUGAAAUUUUACGGGGGGACAAAUUCUUACCAAAAUUUCAAGCGGACGACACCGUCAUCAUUGGGGGAAAGUCGUAUGUAUUUGAUCGGGUCUUCCCCACGAACACCACACAGGAACAAGUUUAUAAUACUUCUGCCAAGCAGAUUGUCAAAGAUGUGCUGGGAGGAUACAAUGGCACCAUCUUUGCCUAUGGACAGACCUCCUCUGGGAAGACCCACACCAUGGAGGGAAAGCUGCAUGACAGGCAGGGGAUGGGGAUUAUUCCCAGGAUUGCAGAAGACAUCUUUAACCAUAUCUUCGCCAUGGACGAAAAUCUGGAGUUCCACAUCAAGGUUUCCUAUUUUGAGAUCUACAUGGACAAAAUCCGUGACCUUUUGGAUGUGACCAAGACCAACUUGGCAGUUCAUGAGGAUAAAAAUAGGGUCCCCUAUGUCAAGGGCUGCACCGAGCGCUUUGUGUCUAGCCCGGAGGAAGUGAUGGACGUGAUUGAUGAGGGGAAAGCCAAUCGGCACGUCGCUGUGACCAACAUGAAUGAGCACAGCUCCCGGAGUCACAGCAUCUUCCUGAUCAACAUCAAGCAGGAGCAUGUGGAGACCGAGCAGAAGCUGAGCGGGAAGCUCUACCUGGUGGACUUGGCUGGAAGUGAGAAGGUCAGUAAGACGGGCGCUGAGGGAGCUGUCCUGGAUGAAGCCAAAAACAUCAACAAGUCUCUGUCCGCUCUGGGAAACGUCAUCUCCGCCCUGGCCGAGGGGACAAAAACCCACGUGCCCUACCGGGACAGUAAGAUGACUCGAAUCCUGCAGGACUCUCUGGGGGGAAACUGCCGCACCACCAUGUUCAUCUGCUGCUCCCCGUCCAGCUACAACGAUGCUGAAACCAAGUCCACUCUGAUGUUUGGACAACGGGCAAAGACCAUCAGGAACACAGCCUCCGUGAACCUGGAGCUGACAGCGGAGCAGUGGAAGAAGAAGUACGAGAAGGAGAAGGAGAAGAACAAGACCCUGAAGGAGACCAUCCAGAAGCUGGAGGCUGAGCUGAACCGCUGGCGCAAUGGUGAGGACGUGCCGGAGACCGAGCAGCUGAGCCCUGGGGUGAUGCGGCUGGAGCCCUGCGAGGACAUGGCCCUGGACAACGGCACCUCCUCCAUCGUGGUGCGCAUCUCCGAGGAGGAGCGGCAGAAGUACGAGGAGGAGAUCCGCAAGCUGUACAAGCAGCUGGACGACAAGGAUGAUGAGAUCAAUCAGCAGAGCCAGCUGGUUGAGAAGCUGAAGGAGCAGAUGCUGGACCAGGAUGAGCUCCUGGCCUCCACGCGCGGGGACAGCGAGAAGGUGCAGACGGAGCUGGGCCGGCUGCAGAUGGAGAGUGACUGCGCCAAGGCGGAGGUGAAGGAGGUGCUGCAGGCCCUGGAGGAGCUGGCCGUCAACUACGACCAGAAGAGCCAGGAGGUGGAGGACAAGAGCCUGCAGAACAAGCUGCUGGCCGAGGAGCUGGCCCAGAAAAUGUCCCACCUGAUGGCGAUCGAGGCGGAGCUGUCCCGCAUGCAGGAGGUGAGCGGUCACCAGAGGAAGCGCAUCGCGGAGGUGCUGAACGGCCUCAUGCGGGACCUGAGCGAGUUCAGCGCCAUCGUGGGCAACGGGGAGAUCAAGCUGCCGGUGGAGAUCAGCGGGGCGAUCGAGGAGGAGUUCACCGUGGCUCGCCUCUACAUCAGCAAGAUCAAGUCGGAGGUGAAGAGCAUGGUGAAGCGCUGCAAGCAGCUGGAGAGCCUGCAGCUGGAGUGCCACCGCAAGAUGGAGGAGACGGGCCGCGAGCUCUCCUCCUGCCAGCUGCUCAUCUCGCAGCAUGAGGCGAAGAUCCGCUCUCUGACAGAGUACAUGCAGAAUGUGGAGCUGAAGAAGAGGCAGCUGGAGGAUAACUAUGAUUCUCUGAGCGAGGAACUGGCCAAGCUCCAGGCCCAAGAGACCGUGCAGGAUUCGACAAAGAAGGAGAAGCAGAGGGACAUCGAGGAGACGGGCGAUGUCAAGAGGGCCCUGGAGCAGCAGAUGGAGUCACAGCGCGAGUGUCAUCACAAGCAGCUGGGACGCCUGCGCGACGAGAUCAACGAGAAGCAGAAGAUCAUCGACGACCUCACCGACCGCAACCAGAAGCUGCAGCUGGAGCUGGAGCAGCUGCGGGCUGACUUUGAUCGGCUGAAGAGCCAGGAGCACCGCAAGAGCGUGCAGCUGGAGGAGCUGACAUUUCUCCAUGAGCGCCAUGAGCAGUCCAAGCAGGACCUUAAAGGGCUCGAGGAGACUGUGGCCCGUGAACUCCAGACCCUCCACAACCUGCGCAAGCUUUUUGUUCAAGACCUCACGACUCGAGUCAAAAGAAGUUCAGAGAUGGAGCCUGAUGAUAGUGGGGGGUCUUCCACCCAAAAGCAGAAGAUUUCCUUUCUUGAGAACAACCUGGACCAGCUUACAAAAGUUCACAAACAGCUGGUACGUGACAAUGCAGAUCUGCGUUGUGAGCUUCCUAAACUGGAGAAACGUCUUCGGUCUACGGCUGAGAGAGUUAAGGCCCUGGAGGGCGCACUGAAAGAGGCCAAGGAGGGAGCCAUGAAGGACCGCCGUCGCUACCAGCAGGAGGUGGAGCGUAUCAAGGACGUCAUGAGGGCCAGGAACCCGCUGCGGCGCCCCCAUGCUGCUCAGAUUGCCAAGCCCAUCCGGCCUGGACACUAUCCCGCCUGCUCCCCCACCAACCCGCUGUUCGUGCGCUCAGCUGACCACCCCAUCACCUUCAGCAACGUGCUGUUCCAGAGCCAGGCCCAGCCCGCCGCUCCUGCCCGCGGCCCCAGCCCCAUCCACACCAACACGCUGCCAGUUGAGGUCAGCAACAGCACGAUGAACUCCACAGAAGCCCUGGCCUCUUACCAGCUUAAUGUGGACAACGGAAAUGCCACAGACAUCAAUGACAACAGCGUGUCUCUCGGUGUGCACUCUGUGUUCAGAAGUGACGUGCACUGCGGCAGCGAGGCGGAGGACCCGGCCAAACUGUAUGUCAUUCAGCAGGAGACCGCAGCCAGCUAAUGCUGCUGAGCAGGCGACCAGUUCUUCCAUGACCUCUUGUGUAAAUCCGCAUGCUGCCUCUCAGCUUCCUCCUGGCCCUUGAAACCUGUCCUCCCUCACUCUUUCCACCCUGUAAAACCUUUCUCUUGUCUGUAGCUAGCCGGUACUUCGUGCCCACAAACCCUUAAUUCUGUCCCCUUUAUUCUGUAAUUUGUAGGUAUAUAAUGUAUACAUAGAAACUGUGGCAAGUGCUGUAGCUGAAAUAUUAACACUGGCUGCCUAGUCAUCCCCUUAACCCCCCCUUCCCUAACAGUGUGAAAUGAAACUGAUUGGUGGGAAGGAGGGAGCAGGAACAUGCAGUGUUGGUAUAUGGCCACUAGGAUGUACUGCUCUUCUCUGUGUGGAAAAUGCAGUGGGGCGAAUUAGAGUGACACUGAUUUUGGAAACCCCCUGUACGUUUGGCUUUCUUCUUCACUUUCGUGCUGUGGAAGCACAGUGUACACAAGGGUAAGGGGGGGUCUGAGGAGCUGUGUUCUACCAUAAGGAGUCUGGGAGAUUUCAGUAUCAGUUAUUUAUAGAACCACUAAAAACUCUGAAGUGAAUGCACUGGGAUCAUCUUUUGGACUAGUAAUAGAAAAAAUAAGCAUUUUCUUUGAGUAGACUCCAUUAUUAGUACGAUUCUUGUCCACAGGUCUUUCUGAAGUGUCUAUAUGAUCUGAAUCCCCAGCAUCCUUUUGUAGUAACACAGCUCCAGGCUUACACCAGGCUCUACUGUUCUACCCCAACCCCAACCCCCAGCCCUCCCAGCCUGGUAUGUCUGCUGAGCAUAUGUACAGCAGCAGUCUCUCCUGCCACACACACACACACACAUACCCACAUACACACACAAACAAACACACACACACACAAUCACACACAUACACACCCACAGAGCUCAGCCAGGCCUUAAUCAAUGACCGCUACUUACACGAUGCCAUUUUCCUGCUACAAAAGAAGUCUAUACAUGCAUACGUAUAUAUGUGUAUAUAUGUUCGCCCUCAAGAUUAACCAGUGUCGUUAGCUCGUGUCGUUUGACUACAUCCAUCUCGGCUAACACGUGACGCUUCUGACCCAGUCAAGGUGAGCGAGAUGUGGGACAGCGAAAGAAGCGGCCAGAUCGGCCGGUUAACCUAUCGGUUUGAAACUCAAUGAGUGCGUUUAAUACCUCACCACUGUUACUCCAUAGGCUCGACACUGUCGCGUUGCUGUUAAUAUAUAGGCUUAGAGUGCUGUGAGGUAGGCGGGUAGGGGAUCAGUCCAGGGCAGUAUGCAGCGGUAAAGUGUAUCCUGAAGUAGUUGCAGUGCUUAAAUGCUUGCUGUUGCCCUGUUGCCAAGUCAAAAAAACUGCUUGCCCUUCCUGUCAGUGCUGAUUCACGGCCAGAUUUCUGGUAACUCUAAGUACAGUAGAAGCAGGCAUGGCUGGAACAUCAUGUAUUUGUACUCCUUAGUAAAUUCAAACGAUUGAGCGAGAUUUAGGAAGUCUCAACAGGACAUUUUUUUUUUCUUUGUGUUAUUUUUUAUACAUAUAUACAUAUAUAUAGAUAUUUCUGAAAAUGUAACAUACUAUCUAUUCUACAUGGAUUGGACAUUUCUGUACUGUGUUAUACAGUUUCUCUUCAGUGUGUUGUGUAACUCAUUCCCCAGUCUCCAGCUGUUGAUGUACACAGGAAAGGUGAAAACAGUGAAAAAGAAAAAAAAAUAAAUCAUCAACAGUAAUUGUGUAGCAACUAUUUUUAUACACUUCACUAUAUUUGAAUAUUGAUUUAUGAAGU